CCGCCCGCCACCCCUCGGCAGCAGGCAGGCGAGGGGCAGGCACAAAUCAUUUCGGCCGCUGCGUCGCGUUGGUAGCAGUAUUUUGCUUUGCUUGCGUCCCGACAACCGAAAAAAGAAGAGGCGGGGGAGGUAGAAAGGGAGAGGAACGGAGGGGAGCGAGUAGUCAGGGGCAGAGGGAGACGGGCGGGGGACAGAAGGGGCGAAGCAAAUCUUGGAGGGGAACCUAGAAUUUUCUCUGGAGGCGAAGAGGAGGAGGAGGAGGCAGAUCAAUAUAUUAGUUGACACUGUGAUUUGAUGCAAAUCGGAUUUGGCAUCAAUUGGCUGCUGUAAGAGAUGGCUUUGGCAGGCGUAGCCCUAUCUGGGUACAAGAACAGCAGCAGCACUAGCUUGGGUGUUGAGAAGUUGUCUGAUCAGAUGAAUGAACUAAAGAUAAGGGAUGAUAAGGUAGUUGAAGCAACCAUUAUUAAUGGGAAAGGGACUGAAACAGGGCACAUAAUUGUGACUACUACUGGUGGCAAGAAUGGUCAAGCCAAACAGACGGUGAGCUACAUGGCUGAGCGCAUUGUAGGUCAAGGUUCUUUUGGGAUUGUCUUCCAGGCUAAAUGUUUGGAGAUGGGUGAGACUGUUGCCAUUAAGAAGGUGCUUCAGGAUAAGCGUUACAAGAAUCGUGAGCUUCAGACCAUGCGCCUUCUUGACCACCCUAAUGUUGUGGCUCUGAAGCACUGUUUCUUUUCAACAACUGAGAAGGAUGAACUGUAUCUAAACUUGGUUCUAGAGUAUGUGCCUGAGACUGUUCAUCGAGUUUUGAAGCAUUACAACAAGAUGAACCAGCGUAUGCCACUAAUUUAUGUGAAGCUGUAUAUGUUCCAGAUAUGUAGGGCGCUGGCUUACAUUCAUGGCAGUAUUGGUGUUUGUCACCGAGAUAUCAAGCCACAGAAUCUUCUGGUGAAUCCACACACUCACCAGCUUAAACUAUGUGACUUUGGGAGUGCAAAAGUUCUGGUCAAGGGGGAACCAAACAUAUCGUACAUUUGCUCUCGAUACUACAGGGCUCCAGAGCUCAUAUUUGGUGCCACUGAGUAUACUGCAGCAAUUGACAUUUGGUCUGCUGGAUGUGUUCUUGCUGAGCUUAUGUUAGGCCAGCCUUUGUUUCCCGGUGAAAGUGGUGUGGACCAACUUGUCGAAAUCAUCAAGGUUCUUGGUACUCCUACAAGGGAAGAAAUUAAAUGCAUGAACCCGAAUUACACAGAGUUCAAAUUCCCACAAAUCAAAGCACACCCAUGGCACAAGGUGUUUCAUAAAAGGAUGCCACCAGAAGCUGUUGAUCUUGUCUCCAGGCUCCUCCAGUACUCCCCCAAUCUCAGAUGCACUGCUGUGGAGGCACUUGUUCACCCAUUCUUUGAUGAGCUUCGAGACCCUAACACCCGUCUUCCAAAUGGCCGCUUUCUGCCACCCCUUUUUAACUUCAAGCCUCACGAACUGAAAGGAGUCCCUGCAGAUAUUGUCGCGAAAUUGAUCCCGGAACAUGUGAAAAAGCAGUGCCCUUAGGUUGGAUUGUGAGAUGACUGGCCUAUGAGCAUGGGAAUAGCCAUCACAAGUGUGCAUUCUCCCCUGGGAUGUUGGAUCGGAAACUUGCAUGCCCACGCGUUGAAGACCCAAAGUUACCUGCUUGUAUGACCGCUGUGUUGACCUGUUGUGUAGCUGUGUAGUAUGUUGCGAUGCGAACUUGACAUGUAACCGGCAACCCCCGCCCUACUAACUGACGCUCACAUGUGAUUGCCAUAGCUGAUCUGUAAUAUGUACUAGAGCAGUAAGAAUGUAUUUAUGGUAGUUUGAUCAAUGUAUGGAUCGUGGAUUCUUUUUGUUUUUUCGAGUUCCUUUGUCUCCA